AUGGAUCUUCGAUACCGCAUCGGCAAGAAGAUUGGCUCUGGGUCCUUCGGCGACAUCUACCUCGGCAUUAAUAUCAUCUCUGGCGAAGAGGUAGCCAUCAAGCUCGAGUCUAUCAAGGCUAAGCACCCGCAGCUCGAGUACGAGGCAAAGGUCUACAAGACGCUCGCAGGCGGCGUCGGUGUCCCCUUUGUCCGAUGGUACGGCCAGGAAUGCGACUACAAUGCCAUGGUCAUCGACCUCCUUGGUCCAUCCCUCGAGGACCUCUUCAACUUCUGCAACCGCAAGUUCUCCCUCAAGACUGUGCUGCUCCUUGCCGACCAGAUGAUCUCACGCAUCGAGUACAUUCACUCGCGCAACUUCAUCCAUCGCGACAUCAAGCCUGACAACUUCCUCAUGGGCAUUGGCAAGAGGGGAAACCAGGUCAAUGUCAUCGACUUUGGACUCGCCAAGAAGUACCGCGACCCCAAGACGCACCUUCACAUCCCUUACAGAGAGAACAAGAACCUCACUGGUACUGCCCGCUACACGUCGAUUAACACCCACUUGGGCGUUGAGCAGUCCCGACGAGACGACCUCGAGUCGCUAGGCUAUGUCCUUAUGUACUUCCUUCGCGGCUCGUUGCCCUGGCAGGGACUCAAAGCGGCGACGAAGAAGCAAAAGUACGACCGCAUCAUGGAGAAGAAGAUGACGACGCCCACCGAGCUCCUCUGCCGUGGCUUCCCCUCGGAGAUGGCAAUCUACCUCAACUGCUGUCGCUCACUCCGCUUCGACGACAAGCCAGACUACUCGUACCUCCGCAAGCUCUUCCGCGACCUCUUUGUUCGUGAGGGAUUCCAGUACGACUACGUCUUUGACUGGAGUGUUCAGCAGCGUGCCACUGAGGAGGCAAAGGCAGAAGCCGCAAAGCAGGUUGCUCAGCAGUUGCCCAGGCGCAAAGUGCUGCCUCAGGGUGAGGAGGAGGGCGGUGCGCAGACGCCCAUGGAGUCGGCUCGCGCUGUCCACGGCUCGCGCACGGCUGCUGCUGCUCAGCCUAAUGCCGCCUAUCAAGGUCAGUCGUCCCGCACGACUCGCCGUGACGACCAGCAAGCCCAGCAGUGGUACUGA